CACCUCCUUAGCCACAGAAGCAUUAUUAGCAUUGAUGAUAAUAGUGUAAGUUAUUUCGGUUUGCUUUAGAAAUAGCAACAUGGCUGCUUCAUCGGCAGUUACGACACUGUGUGAGAAUUCUAACGAAGUCUUCUUAGACGUCGCCAAGUUGUUACUGACGUACGCCGACAAUAUAUUAAGGAAUCCCAAUGAGGAGAAGUACAGAUCGAUCCGUAUAGGCAAUCCCACUUUUUCCACCAAGCUGCUGCCCAUCAAAGGUGCUGUGGAAUGCCUCUUCGAGAUGGGAUUUGAGGAGGCUGAGACCCACCUGGUCUUCCCCAAGUCUGCAUCAGUGGAUCAGCUGAGGCUCAUCAGGGAAUCUAUAGCUGCAGAAAGGGAUCAGAGACUACGUGGAGGUCAGUCUGUCCAACCCGCUGCUCGGCCUCUUGCGGCCUCGGCCUCUACCUCUACCUCAGCUUCAGCUUCAGCUCCGCAAAGCUCUGCUGCCUCCAGCCAGCCGGUUGCAUCACCUCCAGCACAACCUUCGUCCUUGGAGAACAGCAUGAGCUUCUUUGUGACUCUCCAGUCCAACUUCCAGCAUGUGAUGAUGUAUGAAAGUCCUGAGCUGCAGCAGAAAGCCCGCAGCCACAUCCCCCACCUGCAGCUGUCCUCUGCUGCUGAACUGAAGCUGAAGGAGGUUACAGAGGUCGACCCAGAAUGUAAACUUGGAAGGGAGGACUUCUUGGUGCUGGAGUUGCUGCGAUGGUUUAAACAGGACUUCUUCUCCUGGGUGGACUGUCUGCCCUGUAGCCGCUGCGGAGGCAAGACCCAGAACAAUGGCUCCCUCAGUCCCAGCACGGACGACCUCCGCUGGGGAGCCCAGCGAGUGGAGAACCACUACUGUCAGAGCUGCCAGCUCUCCACCAGAUUCCCCAGGUACAACAAUCCUGAGAAGCUGCUAGAAACCAGGAGGGGGCGCUGUGGGGAGUGGGCCAACUGUUUCACCCUUUGCUGCAGAGCCAUGGGCCUUGAGGCCAGGUACAUCUGGGACAGCACAGAUCACGUGUGGACAGAGAUUUACUCGACCUCUCAGCGUCGCUGGCUGCACUGUGACUCGUGUGAGAACGCCUGUGAUAAACCUCUGCUGUAUGAGGCUGGCUGGGGGAAGAAACUGGCCUACAUUCUGGCUUUCUCUAAGGACCAGGUAGUUGAUGUGACGUGGAGAUAUUCCUGCAAACAUCCAGAGGUUUUGUCAAGAAGGACCAAGGUUCAGGAGGCCUGGCUACUGCACACUAUCAAUGGGCUCAAUGCAUCUAGGCAGCAGUCCCUGACUCCAGACAGGAAGAAGGAGCUGACGGAGCAGCUGCUGGUGGAGCUGGUGGAGUUCAUUUCCCCGAAGAAGCCAAAAGCAGGCGAGCUUGGGGGACGCAACUCUGGGUCUAUGGCCUGGAGGUUAGCGAGGGGGGAGACCAAAGGGGCUGAUACAGUGACACAGGCUCCAGGUUAUGUGUUUACUCCCACUGAGAAAGAGAAGAGUGACAGAUUACUUCACGUGCGCUACAACGCCACCAAAGACCAAUACUGCCGAGUGUCCAGCAACUCUGAGGUCACUGAGAGCUGGGAUCAGUGUGUGUGGAAGAAGGAGUCAGUGUUCAGGAAGAUGGAGAAUGACUGGAAGAUGGUGUACAUCUCUCGAACAGAAGGCUCCUCUAUGGGAAGAAUCAGCUGGAGGUUUGACUUGGCUCCAGCGGGAAUGAUGAUAAAGUCUGUCUCCAUCAUGGCCAAAAGCCAGACCUUCCACUCUGGGAAAGUCUGCUGGCACUUGCAGGCAGGCCAGAUUACUACAGAGUUCUCUGGAGACGGGAGGAUGCAGUCAUUCCAGACUCUAGGUGGCUCCUCAGAGUUCCUCGUUAUAGCAGAACUCAGCGGUGGGGAAGGCGAUUCAUCAUGGCAGCACUCUCAGCUCUUCAGACAGAGCUUGAAUGAGACGGAGGAAACUUCGUUCGAGAUCCUCGUCCACCUACAAGAUGCUUAACAGUUGUUUUACUCAUCAAGAUGGGACCCCUACUUUUUUUUCACUGUUCAAUGCUCUGACAAGUUCAGGGAUAAUUGUUUGGGUGAUAGUUUCUGUUCUAAAAAAUUAACGUUUGAUGACAAAUCAGUGCAAUAUUUAAAUGUGUGUCAGUCCUCCAGAAGGGUUAAAUAUGCAUGGACUAGUGAUAGAUUAAUUAAGACAUAAAAUUUGUACUUUAUACACAGAGUACAGAUAUUGUAACACAUUUUAGACUUUGAAUUUGACUAAGAGCCAAAUGAUUAAUAAUACAUGCAGUCUACUAUUGGCUGUAAAGAGUUUUAACAAGAAGCCAUAAAGUUUUGUAAUAUUUGCCUCCAUUACCACACAGCAAACCAGAACUGCCAGUUCUGCUUGCUCCUAUCUUCCUGCUAAAAAUAAAUAGAAAUUAACGGUGAGUGUGUCAUUUGAAUACAUGUUAGUAUUGGUGUGUGGAAAAGGCUGAAUGUUAGUAAAUGUAUGGUGUAAU